AUGUACAAGAACACCUCAUCCGGCAAGAGCUACGGCUCCCAGCCCUACAACACCCACUCAUCCUCCUCCUCGGCAGCCUCCUCCCGGGCCGCCUCAGUAGCCUCAAGCUCGCGAAGCACAUACGUCUACGGCGGCAAGCCUGUCGUGCACAAUACCAGCGGGACAACGAAAGACACCACUACGAGCGGCAGCGCUCAGAACACAGGGUAUUGGCGGUAG